AUGUCGUCCAUGCGCAAUGCCGUUCAACGGCGCAACCACAAAGAGCGUGGUCAGAUCCAGGGCCGCGAGAAAUGGGGUAUCCUCGAGAAGCACAAGGACUACUCGCUCCGUGCCAAAGAUUACAAUGCCAAGAAGGCCAAGCUGAAGCGCCUCGAAGAGAAGGCGAAGGAUCGUAACCCCGAUGAAUUCGCAUUCGGUAUGAUGGGCGAUAAAAACCGAACUCAGGGUCGGCAUGGACGCGGCGCAGGCACAACACGAGACUCUGCCACGGCACAGGGGCUGAGCCAUGAAGCAAUCAAGCUACUCAAGACGCAAGAUAAAGGAUACCUCCGAACGGUUGGAGAGCGGCUUCGCCGCGAGAUUGAGCGCCUGGAGCGCGAUGUGGAAUUGCAGAACGGCAUGAACAAGUCUCUAGGGAAGAAGGAUGGAAAGAAGGACGAGGAAAGCAUGGACGAGGAUAACUUCGACGGGUUCGAUGACGAAUUUGAUGAUUUCGAUUUCGGCGCUCCGGUGAAGCCCAAGCCAAACAGAACCGUGUUUGCCGAAGACAGAAAAGAUCAGUUGGCGUUGAAGAAGCAGCGGUUACAACAAGAGGAGGCUGCUAGUGAUGAUGAAGAUGAUCAAUCAAGCACCAAGGCCCGCAAGACGCCGAAAGAACUUGAAAUUGAACGCAAAGCACUCGUGGAAGCCCGGCGGGCUCGCAAGAUCCGAAAGCGCGCCAUCGAAGCCCGUCAGAACAAGUUGACUGCGCUGCGCAAGCAACAUGCCGAGAUCCAGACUGCCGAAAAAGAGCUUGAUUGGCAACGGGCUAAGCUGGGCAAUUCCGUCGGAGGCACGAACAAGGACGGAAUCAAGUGGAAGAUUCGUGAGCGCAAGCGUUAA